UGUAACAUGCCAUAAUUUUUUUAACCGGUGUGUGUGUGUGUGAGUGUGUGUGUGUGUGUUGCCCCGGAAAUCAAAUGUCAUUACCCGACACGACAAAUUUAAACGCAAAUUCUUGCUCUUUUGUUUUUUGACAAUGCCAUCGGAGUGGACCAGCCGCACCUUUACGAUCGGAUCCUCGGCGUCGCUGCUUGUUUGCGCUGAAGAAGCCUCCUAGGAUUGUCCGCUUGAUGGUAUAGCUCUGAGAGACUGCAGUUGUCAUUGAUCCGCUGCCUGAGCCGCUUCUGAUUGUAAAGGAAUAAAUUAGCCAAGAUGAUGUGCGAAGUGAUGCCCACCAUCAGCGAGGACACUGCGCUGAGCCAGCGGGGCUCUCAGAGCAGUGCCUCGGAUCCAGAUUCCCACUUUGAGCAGCUGAUGGUCAACAUGUUAGAUGAGAGGGACCGACUGUUGGACACUCUGAGAGAGACCCAGGAAAGCCUGGGUCUGGCCCAGCAGCACCUUCAGGAUGUCAUCUAUGAUCGUGACUCACUCCAGCGCCAGCUCAGCUCCGCUCUGCCACAGGAGUUUGCUGCACUGACCAAGGAGCUGAAUGUCUGUAGGGAGCAGCUGCUGGAGAAGGAGGAGGAGAUCUCCGAAUUGAAAGCAGAGAGGAACAACACCAGGCUACUGCUGGAGCAUCUGGAGUGUCUGGUAUCCAGGCACGAGAGGUCGCUUCGUAUGACGGUCGUCAAGCGGCAGGCGCAGUCUCCCUCGGGAGUCUCCAGUGAGGUGGAGGUCCUCAAGGCGCUCAAAUCCCUGUUUGAACACCAUAAAGCCCUUGAUGAGAAGGUAAGAGAGAGACUACGGGUGUCACUGGAGAGGGUAUCCGCCUUGGAGGAGGAGCUCACAGCAGCCAAUCAGGAGAUUGUGGCCUUACGGGAGCAGAAUGCUCACAUUCAAAGGAAAGUGGCAUCUGGAGAAGGAGGCGAGGAUCUACUGGAGGGCAGUGAAGCUCAACAGAAAGUCCAUGGCAAGCGUCUCUCCAAUGGCUCUCUGGAGUCGGCCCAUGAGGCAAGUCAGGUGGUGGAGCUGCAGGACCUGCUGGAAAAGCAGAACUACGAACUGGCCCAGAUGAAGGAGCGCAUGUCCUCACUAUCCUCACGAGUGUCCGAGGUGGAGCAGGAGCUGGAGACAGCCCGCAAGGACCUCAUUAAGUCCGAGGAGAUGAACAACAAGUACCAGAGGGACAUCAAAGAGGCCAUGUGUCAGAAGGAGGACAUGGAGGAAAGGAUUGUCACACUGGAAAAGCGCUACCUGAGCGCCCAACGGGAGUCCACGUCUGUGCACGACAUCAACGACAAACUGGAGAACGAAUUAGCCAAUAAGGAGGCCUUCCUCAGGCAGAUGGAGGAGAAGAACCGGCAACUACAGGAGAGGCUUGAACUGGCAGAACAGAAGCUCCAACAGACCAUGAGGAAGGCUGAGACUCUGCCGGAGGUAGAGGCUGAACUGGCCCAAAGGAUAGCAGCCCUCACCAAGGCUGAAGAGCGUCACGGGAGUAUUGAGGAGAGAAUGAGGCACUUGGAAUGCCAGCUGGAGGAGAAGAACCAGGAGCUGCUACGGGCUCGACAGAGAGAAAAGAUGAACGAGGAGCACAAUAAACGUCUGUCAGACACCGUGGACAGACUUCUCACAGAAUCCAAUGAGCGUCUUCAGCUCCAUCUGAAGGAGAGAAUGGCCGCCCUGGAAGAGAAGAAUAUGUUAAUUCAAGAUUCAGAAGGUUACAGAAAACAGUACGAGGAGUCAAUCCAAGAAAAAACACAGCUGGCAGAGGAAAUUGAGAAACUGAGAUCAGAACUGGACCAAUUCAGAUUGAGGGCAGGCUCCCUCACAGAACCCACCCUCUCACGAUCUCAUCUGGACACAUCAGCUGAGCUCAGAUUCUCACUGGGAUCUCUGGCCGAAACCCAGUCGGACCACUACCGUUCCGCCAAAGUCAUCCGCCGACCGAGGAGAGGUCGAAUGGGGCUGCGUGAAACUAAGGCUAAAUCACUGGGGGAGCAUGAAUGGCGAUCGCAGCAACUCGGGGUCCUGGGAGGCCACCAUUUUGAAAGCGACACAGAAAUGUCUGAUAUUGAUGACGAUGACAGGGAAACGCUGUUUAGCUCCAUGGACCUGCUCUCACCAAGUGGUCACUCUGAUGCACAGACUCUGGCCAUGAUGUUGCAGGAGCAGCUGGACGCAAUCAACAAAGAAAUUCGGCUGAUACAAGAGGAGAAGGAGUCCACGGAGCUGAGGGCGGAGGAGAUUGAGAACCGAGUGGCCAGUGUGAGCCUCGAGGGCCUCAACCUGGCACGGAUGCACCACCAUGGAGCCUCCAUCACUGCCUCCGCCACCGCCUCCUCUUUGGCCUCCUCCUCCCCACCCAGCGGACAUUCCACCCCUAAACUUGACCCUCGAAGUCCUGCCCGUGACAUGGAACGUAUGGGGGUCAUGACACUGCCCAGUGAUCUGAGGAAACAUAGGAGAAAGAUAGCGGCGGUGGAAGAGGACGGCCGGGAGGACAAGGCCACCAUCAAGUGUGAGACAUCGCCCCCUCCAACUCCACGUACCGUCAGAAUGACACACACACUGCCAGCCUCCUCGCACAAUGAUGCACGAGGGAUCGUGGCCUCUCUGGAGGCUGAGGCCAGCGCCCUGAGUAGUGUAGCAAGUAGCCAAGACUCCCUGCACAAGCAGCCAAAGAAGAAAGGCAUCAAAUCCUCCAUCGGACGGCUGUUUGGCAAAAAGGAGAAAGGCCGACUGGCACAUCUGGCACAUAGACAGGUCAUGGUCGAUCCACAAGCAACCAUGAUGGACCCAGACAUGGUGGGCCAAGACAUGGGAGUGGGCAAGUUGGGAACUCAGGCUGAGAAGGAUCGCAGGUUGAAAAAGAACGGACACGAGCUAUUGGAGGAGGCCAGGAGAAAAGGUUUACCUUUCGCCCAAUGGGACGGCCCUACUGUUGUAGCCUGGCUGGAGCUGUGGUUGGGAAUGCCAGCCUGGUACGUGGCUGCAUGUCGUGCAAAUGUGAAGAGCGGAGCCAUCAUGUCAGCGUUAUCUGACACCGAGAUCCAGAGGGAAAUCGGGAUCAGUAACCCUCUGCACAGGCUCAAACUUCGACUGGCCAUUCAGGAAAUGGUUUCCCUCACCAGCCCAUCGGCCCCACCCACCUCCAGAACCCCGUCAGGCAAUGUGUGGGUGACCCAUGAGGAGAUGGAGACCCUGGCAGCCCCUUCCAAAACGAAGUCAGAGUCUGAAGAAGGGAGCUGGGCACAGACUCUAGCUUAUGGCGACAUGAACCAUGAGUGGAUAGGGAAUGAGUGGCUGCCCAGUCUAGGACUACCUCAGUACCGCAGCUACUUCAUGGAGUGCCUGGUGGAUGCACGCAUGCUGGACCACCUCACCAAGAAGGACCUGAGGGUGCACCUUAAAAUGGUGGACAGUUUCCACAGAACAAGUUUACAAUAUGGAAUCAUGUGUCUGAAGAAGCUCAACUACGACAGGAAAGAACUGGAAAGACGAAGAGAGCAUAGCCAGCAUGAAAUGAGAGAUGUGCUGGUGUGGAGUAAUGAGCGGGUCAUCCGUUGGGUUCAGAGCAUAGGCCUGAGGGACUACGCCAACAUCCUGCUGGAGAGCGGUGUGCAUGGAGCCCUGGUAGCCCUGGAUGACAACUUUGACUACAGCAGCCUGGCACUGCUCCUCCAGAUCCCCAACCAAAACACUCAGGCACGUCAGAUUCUGGAGCGAGAGUAUAAUAACCUGCUGGCACUGGGCACUGACAGGAGACUGGAUGAGUGUGAUGACAAAGACUUUCGAGGUCCUUCAUGGAGGAGGCAGUUUCCGCCCCGGGAUGUUCACGGCAUCAGCAUGAUGCCUGGUUCAGCGGAGACGCUCCCUGCUGGAUUCCGUCUCACCGCAACAUCUGGACACUCUCGGAGGCUGCCCCCUGAUGUGAGCUUUGAGGUGCAGCAACAAAACAAAGUCCUCUAUGAGGCGCUGGAUGACAGUCCUGACGACAUGUAUUUGGAUUGGUUUCAAGUCGGACCGUCUGCGGUGCAGCGACUGGACAGCUCCACGGUGAGAACCUACUCCUGCUGAGAUGAGGAAGAGAGGGACCUUAAACUGUACACUGUGCAGUUCUGAAUGAAGACUAUCUAGAAGAGCUGCUGGACUGGCCAACCAGCCGAGGAACAAAUGACUGAUGACACGCACUGCCAAGAAGCCCUGCUCUCCUGUCUGACCCCCUUCGGCCUCCCUCCACCCCCCAAUAUGUGGGCACCAGACGCCGGUGCUAAACUGUCCUGCAGGCUGCCCUGUUGUCACCAUUUCUACCUUUUACAUGUACAGUAUCUUGUCGAAGCAUAACGUACUGUGUAUUUCUUCUACAAAGAUGUGUAGGUUAUCUGUAAAUUAAUAUAAAUAUGCCAUUUUUUAAUAUAUACACACAUCUAUGUAUAAAAAGAUAUUCAGAGUUUGUGCAAAAAAAUGUCCCUGCCACCUCAUUUAGUGGACCAUAGAUUAAUAUAUGCUGCUCUUUAAACUGUCUACAUAUGACCCCAGCUCCCUAGAUCAUUUUGUACAUAUGGUUUUAUUUUUUCAUUGUGUUAUGAUGAUGAUGAUGAAGAAGAUGAUUAUGAUAAUAAGCCUGUGUUGCACCAGAUAGAGGAAAGACUCUGGAUGUUGUGUGAAAAUCUGCCCUCUGGUGGUGCACAAAAAAAAUGCUCUGAGCCCCACGUCUGGCACCAACAAACUUCAUUAUCCUUUCUUAUGAACUCGCUGUCAUAGAAGGAGCAUCAGAAGAAGAAUCGUCGACACGCGGGAACGACAUGACAAGCACUUUGAUACAACCGCAUCAACUCAAUGGACUCUUUAAGUAGCCAAGAACAAAACAAGAGACACCAUUGCUCUCUGAAGUUGCACAAAACUUCCUCUCAGAGAACAAAAAGCAGGACGUCAUUCGUAGUACCUGUCACUUGUUGUACUGUAUGUUUUGUCAGGCGAUACAUUAACACAAAGGACAAACACACACUCAGCCAAGCUGGCCUUCUCCCCGACCCCUCAGACACUAUGUUAACAGAACAGAGGAAAUAACUGAAAGACAGACUGCUUUAGCUCAUCGUGUGCGUAGAGUGUAUAUGACCAUGUUGAAGUGAGGUGACUUUUAAUGACAAAAACCUGUUGCUUGCUGUGACUUACAUUGGUGUAGCUGUUAAUUCUUUGUUUCUGUCGGAGUUUCCAGGGUAACCUACUGUACAGCCCUGUUAUCUGUCUUUUAGUUAUUUCUGAUGGAUGACUCAAAGUCUUACGCUUUUGGUUUGUUUCUACAUCUUCAAUUUGCACGAACAAUGAAUCAUUUUAUUUUGUGUCCAUUUUUUUUUUAUUUAUUACUUCUUGUACUUUGGUCAAAACUAAGUGGUGAGCAAACAAAUUUUCAUUGUCAAUAAAAAACUACUGUCAGUGAGUAA